AUGAAGACUAUCAAUAUUCUCGGUUUUAACCGUCAGCAGAUAGAUCGGCUCAUUCAAGAGGUUUUGAUUCUAGCGCGUCUACAUCACCCCAAUAUUGUAAAACUGUACGAAGUAUACGAAACUCCGAAGGCCAUUUAUCUGAUCCAAGAGUUGCUGAGCGGUGGUGAGCUCUACACUCGUCUUGUGAACAUGGGGAAGUUUUCGGAAGGCUACGCAAAGGGAAUCAUCAAGUCCAUCAUAAACGCUAUUGCCUAUCUCCAUGAAACCAAGAACAUUGCGCAUCGCGAUUUGAAGCUGGCGAAUAUCAUGUUUUCUGACAAUAGUCCGGACGCGGAGAUCAAACUGAUCGACUUUGGACUGAGUCGGAUCGUCAACGAUACGGACUACAUGCAUAGUUUGGUGGGAACUCGCUACUACAUCGCUCCCGAGGUCUAUAUGAAGGACUACAAGGGCGUGGGCUACAACAAGAGCUGUGACAUGUGGUCUCUCGGCGUCAUUACCUACUUUUUGCUCACGGGACACAAUCCGCUGCCCCUGCAGCGCGGCGAUACGCCUCUCACAGAAGUCAAAAUCGAGCGGAUUCCCUUCCCGAGGCUGUACUGGAGCGAGCUCAGCGAGGAAUCGAAGGACUUCACGCAGCGGCUUCUGGCGAUCGACCCGGUGAAUCGAAUGACAGUUUUGGAGGCGCAGAAUCACCCCUGGCUCAAAUCCACCGGGAAUUACUCGCCUCCCGUGCUGCAGCCCAGCAUUCUCACGUCGAUCCAGGAGUUCCAGGGCUACAAUCAUCUGAAGAAGGCGGCGCUGACCGCGGUGGCGUACCAUCUGAACAACAACGAGCUGAUGAAGCUGGGCGACGCGUUCGAGUACUUCGACAAGUCGAACGACGGAAUGAUCACUUUCGAAGACUUCCGCGAUGCCUUGAUGACGCUGCGCACCACCGAGCAGUUCUGCAACAACGCCUCCUUGUUCUCGAUCACCACCGACGAGGACAAGCUGAAGCAGCUCUUCCAUGAUAUCGAUUUUGAUGACUGCGGGUACAUCAAUUAUUCCGAGUUCGUCGCUGCGUGUUUGGCGAGGAAAGAAGGGCUUCGGAGGGAAUAUGCGGAGUUGAUCUUCCAGCUGGUCGAUCGCGAGCACAACGGCGUGAUCUCGAUCCAGGAUCUGCACUUGUUCUUCGGCGACGAUAUUCCAAUGAGCGAGAUCGAAGCCAUCAUUCGGCAGACCUUCGGAUGCACCAAGGAGAAGCUCACCGAGCCCGAUUUGGAGAUGAUCAUGAACACCAAGAUGAUCACGAACAGCCACACGGAGACGGUGGCGUCGAUGCAGUCGCGGGCGGGGUCGGGAGCAGCCGUCGAGGAGCCCUAUGUGACCAUCUCCUCCAUUUUCAGCCGAGUUCAGUCCAAGCCCACGCUCACCGACUUGGACGGAGACAGCCAGCAGCUCGAGCCGGGAGGUUCGUGCUCUCCUUCCUUGCCGUCCAUCUCCGAAUUGAAGGAUGAGUUGAUGCGGAGAUCGAAGGCUCUCUCUUUUGCGGAUGAGCAUUCCAACAUGUCAGCUGCUACACCAUCCUCACACAACGAUCAGAAUGGCGAAAAUGGAACUAGUUCGUCUUUUUAUGUUUUUUCAACACCGUUUUGA